CGUUGCUUUGCUCCUCAGCUCGGAACUUCCCGACUAGAGACCAGACCAGACGGUGGAUCCGAGCUGCUGAUCUGCCGCCCCUUCAUCUGUCGAUCCCCGACAAAUGGAAGCACGCAGCUCUUCUACUCAUCUAUAUGCAGCCUGUCGGGGGUCUAUGGACAUAUAAAUACAUGCACCAGGCGCACGGUAUAGCUCCUUACAGUUGUACUGAUCAUCAUCUUCCCCAUCUCCUCGUCCGUACAUUUCUCAUCUUUCCAGCUAGAACUUGCCUCUCUGCUUCUUCCGACCCGACCCGAUCGGACGGUGGAUCCCUUCUAUCGUCCAUGGCGGAUAAGUGGAAGCACACGGCUCUACUGGUCAUCGACAUGCAGAAAGAUUUUGUGGAGGAGGAGGACAGCCCGAUGAGGGUGAACGGCGGCGAGGCCAUCGUCCCCAACGUUAUUGAGGCUGUCGAAGUUGCCAGGCGGAGGGGCAUUCUCGUCAUUUGGGUGGUCCGAGAACAUGAUCCUCUUGGCAGAGAUGUCGAGCUCUUCCGCCGGCAUUGGUACUCGCCAGGGAAACCUGGGCCAACCAGCAAGGGCAGCAGAGGAGCAGAGCUAGUCGAUGGCCUUGUGAUCAGAGAAGGAGACUACAAGCUGGUGAAGACGCGAUUCAGCGCAUUCUUCGCCACUCACCUUCAUUCGCUUCUCCAGGGCGCCGGAAUAGAUACUUUAGUUAUAACCGGCGUGCAAACUCCUAAUUGCAUCAGGCAAACAGUCUUUGAUGCGGUAGCACUAGAUUAUAAGUCAGUCACGGUACUUGUUGAUGCCACUGCUGCUGCCUCUCUCGAGGUGCAUCUCGCCAAUGUAUUCGAUAUGAAGAAUGUUGGUGUGGCUACACCGACUUUGGAGCAAUGGUCGAAGUCUGAUGCUUGAUCUGUCUAUCGAGCAGAGUUUGAUGUGUUUAAUAAAUCGUUAUUUCUGUAGGAAUGAUGGGAAGCAUGAUGUAUUAUCAUUUCUCAGGUGGACUCAUGCUGUAAAUAUUCCCUAAUUACAUAAUUCAGCCUCAACCUAUGCCA